GCGGACGGAGGAUCGCCGGUUUCCUUCGGCACCACUUGCGCUCUGCUUCGUGCUUGGGCACCACCACGAGUUUCAGGCUCCGACGAGCACGAUGCGCAACCUCAGAAAAUUUAUACCACCCGCCAGAUUCUCCACCCCCUUCCCGAGCUGCACGGGGGGGGGGAGGUGGGGGCGGGUGGCUCGGAAGCUCAGCCACAGCCAUUCUUGGACUCGUCGAGCGGAUGAAUUUUAUGAUGGGAAUUUCAUCCGCGCAAAUUCGAUCGGGUAAACCGUGUUGAAAUUGGCACGUUCGACAACCCUUGUCGAAUGCAGAUACUACGGCGGUCAUGGUCGAGACCACGAAAGUCGAGGAGGGCAACAGUCCCGCGAAGAUCGAGACCUUCGACGAUAUCCUACCGUACGUCGGCGAGGCGAGCAGAUACCAGUGGUUCCUGUUUAUCCUACUCCUACCAUUCACCUUCGUUUACGCCUUUUUAUACUUCGCACAAUUCUUCCUCACUCUCGUGCCUGCCGAGCAUUGGUGCACGAUACCGGAGUUAAAUCAUUACAAUUUCACGGAUCUCGAGAAGAUCGCGAUAGGGAUACCCCCAGCUACCAACGAGGAAUUGAAGCUGGAGAGCGCCACAUCGUUCUCGAGAUGCUACAUGUACGACGUAAAUUACACCGAGCUGCUCGAGCAAGGUGUCAGACAAGCCAAUCUGUCGUGGCCGAUAGUCCGAUGUAAGCAAGGAUGGACCUUCAACCACACGAUGAUACCGUACGCCUCGAUCGCCACUGAGCUCGAAUGGGUUUGCGAUAAGACUUUCCUCGGUUCCGCGGCUCAGUCAGCCUUCUUCGUUGGCAGCAUUAUCGGUGGCCUGAUAUUCGGCUACAUAGCUGAUCACUACGGCAGAAUCCCAGCGUUAGUGUCUUGCAACGCAGUAGGUUUCUUCGCUUCCAUCGCGACGGCCUUCUGCAAUAGUUUUUGGUCCUUCUGCGUCGCAAGGCUGAUUGUCGGUUCAUCGUUCGACAAUUGCUUCAACGUACUCUUCAUUAUCGUGAUCGAGUAUGUCGGUCCGAAAUAUCGAACUCUGGUGGCAAACAUGUCCUUUGGGAUUUACUUUGCGGCCGCCGCUAGUCUUUUGCCAUGGAUCGCAUAUUGGAUCGCAGAUUGGAGAAUUUUAAGCGUUGUCACCGCAUUCCCGAUGAUCGUCGCUUUCCUUGGCCCGUGGAUUGUCCCAGAAAGUGCACGGUGGUACAUCAUGAGCGGUAAUAUUGACAAGGCGAUCGGGAUGUUAAAGAAAUUCGCGAAGGUCAAUGGCAAGGAAGUCAAGCAGGAGGUGUUUGAGGCAUUUGAAAAAAGUUGCAAUAAUCUAAUCGAGAAGGAUCAAUCGCACAAUCAGUACACGGUCCUACAUCUCUUCAAAUUGCCCCGACUGGCUCGCAUCACUGUUAUGCUUGUUAUGUAUUGGCUGUUAAUCAUUCUGGUGUUCGACGGACACGUUUGGAACAUGAAGCUGUUGCACCCCGAUGUGUUCACGUCGUUCUCCAUAGCCGCGAUGACCGAGCUUCCGGCGGCGAUUUUGCUGGCACUUUUCCUUGAUAGAUGGGGUAGAAGAUGGAUGGGCUUUGCUUCUAUGUUCAUAUGCGGCGUAUUCUCUUUGAUCGCCAUUGGCACUCCCGUCGGUACACUAACCGUCACCAUGGCGAUUUUGGCGCGCCUCGGUGUCAAUAUCGCCGCGAAUAUCGGUUUCCAAUACGCAGCCGAGAUGUUGCCGACCGUAGUGCGGGCGCAAGGUGUAUCUCUAAUUCACAUUAUUGGCUACAUCGCUCACAUCGUCGGACCUUAUGUGAUUUAUCUGGCUGAUGUUAACCAAAAUUUACCAUUGAUAGUUCUUGGUCUCUUAUCGUUUUUCGAUGCGUUCUUAACGCUAGCGCUACCUGAAACCUUGGAUCAAGAUUUGCCCGAAACUUUGCAGGAGGGUAACGACUUUGGCAUGGAUCAAAGCUUUUGGUGGAUUCCCUGCAUAUCCUCAACCCCGAAAUUGAAGAAAUCCUUGAGGAAGAAGAAGAAGAAGGAAGGUAUGACGAACGCGGCUUUCCAUCACGGCAGUAUCCAAACUAUCGACUGUACAAGAUUAUAACGACCGUUCGCAUAAUAAUUUAACAAAUUCUUUUUUGUUGUAAAUAUCGCGAUCAAGUCGUGUGUGAUUUUAUGUGUUAAACAUAUGAUACGAUGGACACGUCAAGUGCGAUAAUGUUCAAUGGUGGAGUGGAACACAAAAACCAAGUAAGAAUGCGAGAUACAAUUGCAUCCAUGUAUCCAAUGAGGUGCACGCUUGGAUGGAUACGAAUACGAACAUGAAUGCGCAACUUCAAAGUCGAUGUGACUGUCCCGAGAGUGCUUUUUCAAAUCGUUUCGUCGCGACACGACUUUGACUUUCGAUUUGUCGUUCUUUUCUGGGAUGCAUCAGUGUGUACAAAGCUAUUUCAUUAAAUGUAUUGUAAUUCUAGCGAGACUGAAGUGACGAGCGAGCUGACUUCCCCGUAUCACGAGGAUCGAGAUCGGUGUAAUAUCAACGAAUCCAAUUUUUUACGUUAUACAAAGUAAAAUCUAAUGUGCCAAAUACCGUAUUUUGUUUACUCGCGAGUAAACGUGAAUAUCACGUACAUGUAGGUAUUCAUAUACUCGUUUGCUACAAACUCAGCGGAAUUAAAAAUUACAAAGGGUCCAUCCCUUUGCUCAUUGUUCCUUGUCUUUCUGAAGAACAACGUCUCGACAUCUUUGACCCACGGUACAUACAAGACAACUGAUUUUCCGUACUGAGAUAUAAAUAUGAAGGAUUUGCUUUGUUAUAUUUUCGGAAGGAUACAACGGACUACAUAAAUGAACAAAUAAUAUGAAUAAAUAAAAGGAAUGCCUUCGUUUUCUUGAUGUAUCAUCAAGAGUUGUUGCGAAGUUGCUAAUGGCGAUAGUAAAUGAAUUAAUUAUGUAUGUAAGUAGAUUUUAGAUAAUUUAUAAUGUAUAUACGGCACGACGUUCAUCGCAUAGAUACAUAUUUCUCAUCUUUCACUGCCAAAUAUGGAAAUUUCUUUGUAAAAGGAUGUUAAUACCUUUCACUCAUUGACAUUUAAAGAUGAUCAAGUAACAGUAAAAUAAAAGGACGAGUUAUUUUGACUUCUUGUAA